UAUUGAUUUGUAUUACUUCAAUUAUUUAGGCGGCAUACAGUUUAAGGAUAAAAGCGAUUUACUUCAUCCAUGCUCCAAAAUAUAUAGACAUAUUUAUGAAAGCAGCGAAAUCAAUGUUUAGAGCAAAAUUGUUCAACAGAAUCCACGUUUACACAUCAGGAAUAGAAUCAUUAUAUGGAACAAUACCAAAAGCAAUUUUACCAGCGGAUUACGGCGGUGAAGAACCGUCAAUGGACAUAUUAACAGAUAUGUGGCGUGCAAAGCUAGCCCAACAAAGAGACUGUCUUAUAAAAGAAGGAAAACAGAAAACGCAGGAAUCUCUCCGAACAAAUUCUAUAAUAAAUCCUGACGAAUUGUUCGGAGUUUUGGGAACAUUUAGAAAAUUAGAAAUUGAUUAA